AUGGCGGAGCCGGAGGACCAGGCUGACGGGUCACACCUGGAUGGCGAGCAGGCUUCUGCCGACGAGGAGACAGAGCAGCAGUACACUGAAGGCCAUGAGGUAUCACCACCGCUGGAAAAUGAUGGCCAAGAAAUUGAUGAGGGUAGAGAUCCCACCAAAAGUUCUGAGGAGGACACUGCAGCUGAAGGCGGAGGCAGAUUUGAAGGAGAAAUCGUGGAUGCUGAGAAAGUCAGCACUGAUGGAGAAACCAUCUCUGAGGGAGAAGUGGGGUCCAUUGGAGAGGGUCUCCCAGAAACAGAAGUGGAAUUUAUUGGAGAGGGUCCCCCAGAAACAGAAGUGGAAUUCAUUGGAGAGGGUCCCCCAGAAACAGAAGUGGAAUCUACUGGAGAGGCCAUACCAGAAAUAGAAGUUGAAUCCAUUGAAGAGGCUGUCCCAGGAAUGGACGUGGAACCUGUUAGAAAGAUCAUGUCAGAACUAUCAGUUGAACCCAUUGGAGAAGACACCUCAGAAACAGAUGUGGACUCCAUUGGAAAGGCCAUCCUAGGAAUGGACUUGGAGUCCAUCGGAAGUGCCCUCCCGCAAGAAACAGUUGAACACGCUGAAAAGGUCAGACCCCAGAGGGGAGUCGAGUUCACUGAAAGAACUGCCCCAGAAGGAGAAUUAGAAGUUCCUGACCAAGAGAAAGCAGAAGGCCAUUUCUCUGAGCUGGACGAGCUCUCUGAGAUAAUCAGCUCUCCCGAGUACUCGUACUCUGACAUCAGUCCCUGGGAGAUGGGGUUAGAGGAGGGGACCGUCUCACCAACAAUGACUGACUUAUCCCGGCAAGGCUUAUACGAGCCCACAGAGGCCGCGGAGCCCGCAGAGGACGGCACGGUGAUACCCUCAGAACCUCCUUCCUAUCAGAGAGUCUUCCCUAUGGGGGCGCGACACCGCUUCAGACUGAGCAUUGUGGGAAGUCUGACUCCCUCAGACAUUGACGAACUACCCCUGGAAACCGAGGAAACUCCUCAGCCAGAGUCAGUGCAGACAGCUUCGAGAGCCCAUGAAGAAACCCGGAUACAGUUCCUAGACCAGGUCCAGACCCUCAGCCCCGAGGCCCUGCUGGAGAGAGCAGUGUCUGAAGGGAGUGAUGAAGCAGAGGAGGAAGGCACCCAACUGAUGGUGCUGGACCCAGACCACCCCCUGAUGAUCAGAUUCCAGGAGGCCCUGAAGAGCUACCUCCACCGGCAGAUGGACAAGCUGAAGUUGGACAUCCAAGAGCUGGAUGUAGCCACCAAGCAAACCCGGAUCCAGAGGCAGGAGCUGGGCGUGAACCUCUACGGGGUCCAGCAGCACCUGGCCCGCCUGCAGAUGCAGCUGGAGAAGAGCCAUGACCGCCACUCCCUGGCCGCCUGCGAGCGGAGAAGGAAGGAGGAGGAGCUGCAGAACGCCCGCGCCCUCUACAAUAAGACCUGCACAACCGCCAACGAGGAGCGAAAGAAGUUGGCGGCCCUGCAGACAGAGAUGGAGAGCCUGUCUCUGCACCUCUUCUACAUGCAGAACAUAGACCAGGACGUGCGUGAUGACAUCCAGGUCAUGAAGCAGGUGGUGAAGAAGACGGAGAUGGAGAAGAUGCGUGCAGAGAUGGAGAAGAAAAAGCAGGACCUGUUCGUGGACCAGCUCACUGAAAGGUCACACCAGCUGGAAGAAAACAUCGCCCUGUAUGAGGCCCAAUACUUGUCCCAGGCUGAGGACACCCGGGUUCUCAGGAAAGCAGUGACUGAGGCCACCACAGAGAUUGAUGCCAUUGUCGUGGAGAAGAAGCGCGUCCUACAGCAGUGGACCACCAGCUUAGUGGGCAUGAAGCACCGUAACGAGGCAUACAGGACGGUGAUGGAUGCCUUCAGGGAAUGUGAGCAUCAGGUGAAGUCCAUAGACAGUGAGAUCGAAGCCUACAAGAAGUCCAUCAUGCAGGAGGAAGAGAAGAACGAGAAGCUGGCCCGCUUCUUGAACCGCGCAGAGACAGAGGCCACGCUGGUGCAGAAAAUGACCACCCAGUGCUUAAGCAAGCAAGAGGCUCUGCAGACCGAGUUUAACACAUACCAGCUCGCCCUGCAGGACACGGAGGAGAUGCUCAACAAGGGCUAUGUGGAACACUCAGCAGUCUUGAGCGAACUCCAGGUCGCCCGCCAGGCUGUCCAUCAGGAGCAGGAGCUACGGCAAAAGAUGGACUUGUCCAUCCUGGACAAGCUGCAGGAACACGGGACCUCCAGCAAGAUGACCAAGUACUUUCACCAGCUCCUUCGGAAGCUUCAAAAGGAAAACACCAACCUGGUGACACACCUUUCAAAAAUCGACGGCGACAUCGCCCAGGCCACACUGGACAUCACCAACACCAACUGCAAAGUAGACAUGCACAAGAAGACGCUGGCGGAGCUGGACAAGGAGGUGAAGAGAUUCAACGAACUCAUCACCAACAGCGAGAGCGAGAUCGCCCGGCGCACCAUCCUCAUCGAGAGGAAGCAGAGCCUCAUCAACUUCUUCAACAAGCAGCUGGAGCAGAUGGUGUCCGUGCUGGGGGGGGAAGAAGCUGGACCCCUGGAACUGGAGAUCAAAAGGCUGUCGAAGCUGACGGAAGAGUUGAACACCGGAGUGGCCGAGGCGCAGAUGACCUGGUUGCGACUGCAGCAGGAACUGGUCCAGGUCACGCAUGAGCGCGAGGAGCAGCUGGUGUCCGUGGACCAACUGAAGAAGGAGGUGCACAUCAUGGAGCAAAAGAAGCUUCGCAUAGAGAACAAGAUUGAGCAUGAGAAGAGGGAGCAAAAGAUAGUGAGCCGCCACAUGAGGGACCUGGACAACGACCUGAGCAAGCUCAACAUGCUACUGGACAAGAACCGGUGCAAUUCGGAACUGCUGCAGCAGAGCAACGUAGUGGCCGAGACCGAGUUCGUGCGCACCUUGAAGGACGCAGAAAGAGAGACCAUCCAAAUGCAGGAAAAGCUGAAAGAACUCUCUGAGGAAAAGGCCACCCUCCUCAACAGCCUAGUGGAGGCCGAACACCAGAUCAUGCUCUGGGAGAAAAAAAUCCAACUGGCCAAGGAGAUGCGUAACUCUGUGGACUCUGAGACCGGGCAGACGGAGAUCCGAGCCAUGAAGGCAGAGAUCCAUAGGAUGAAGGUUAAGCACGGGCAGCUACUGAAGCAGCAGGAGAAGAUGAUCCGAGACAUGGAGCUGGCUGUCUCCCGCAGGGAGGCCAUCGUCAUCCAAGCUGAAGGGCAGAGCAAGGUAGACAAGAAGACGAUCACCAAGACUGAGUUCCACUACCAGCAGAGCGAGCUGCGGAAGAAAGUCAGGGAGGUUCACAAGGCCACGGAGGAAUGCUCCAACACCAUCUCAGAGCUGGAAGAAACUCAAAAGCUCCUCAGCAGCUCCCUCCAGGAGAAGCAGCAGUUGCUGUCAGAGAUGCAGAGUGAUACAGAUAUCCUUGAAGAGGAGAUCGGUCAGCUCACAGUUCUCAAACGGCAGAACCUUUUGGAGAUCGUGACCCUGCAGACCCGUGCCAAGAACCUGCAGGCCGCCGUUGACGGGAAAUACGUGUACUUGCACCGCAACAUCAAGUCCCAGCUGAUGGAACGUAAACGCCUGAGCACACGGCUGGCCCAGCUCAACACUGUCCUCUCCCGCGUGCAGGAGGACUACCCCCAGUACCAGGAGAUGCUGCAGAAAAUUCAACAGAAGAUCGCCACCAAGCUGGAGCCCCCAGAGCCCUCCUAG